AUGGCGUCUCCUGAUAAAUACCUCCCCCUUCUACUGGCUGGUGGCAAGCGAUGUCCAGGUCGAAUGAUGCUCUGCCUGUGCCCCUCCUGGGUGAGCAGGCUCCCCUCCAAAACCCUACCAGGCCUGUUCUCCCUGUUUAUCCUGAAGGCUGUCACCUUUGAGGCUGGUGGCUACACUUACCUGGACACCUUCAGUUCUCCUUGUCGUGUCACCUACCUCCUAGAGGAUGGCUCAGUGGGCUCCUCUAUGGGGGAAGGGCUGGACUGCCCGACCUGUGGUUCUCCCCAACUCAACACCCUCACUGAGGAUGUUCUACUGAACUACCAGCUCCUGGGGGGGAAGGGGGUUCCUCUCCCUCCCAUGCUGGCCCUUGCCUAUCGCCCUUCGGUGGGGUUAGUCUCCCCACACCCUUCCCUCAUGUUCCAUUCUAUACAGGAAAAAGAGGAUCUGCAGGAAACUAUGGAGAAGGUCAUAAAUGCCUUUCUGAAACAGCCAGAGGUACAAUGUUCUGACAAAGUAAGUUCCUUAAAACAGGGCCAUAUGUUUACUUUCAGAAACAUAUAA